AUUUUUUUUGUACACUCGAAACCCAUAAGUGAAAGACACAAAAUCCAAUCGAAAUGAAGAACCUUAUGUUCUUUCUGCUGCUGGUAUUACCCACCAUUAUUUGCACGUUCAGUGCGCCAAACAAAUUUGGUGCUUAUGCUGCCGAGGCUGUUGAAGAUGAUCUAGUUGAUGUGGAUAGCGAGGAGGGCGCUGUGACAGGCGAAGAUGCUGAAGCGGAUGAUGACUCGGACAGCGGCAGUAGCAGCACCUCUCCCAAUGCAGACACCUAUCUAUUGUUUACAAAGCCCCUGCAUACAGCUGGCCAGCAGCUGGAUCUGCCCGGUGGCAAGCCCGUUGAGUUUCUGAUUGGUUUCACCAACAAGGGCCAGGAGGAGUUUGUCAUUGAAUCGGUGGAGGCAUCCUUCCGCUAUCCCAUGGACUUCAACUACUUCAUCCAGAACUUCUCCGCGGUAGCGUACAACCGUGAGGUGAAGCCGGGCCUUGAAUCAACAGUCUCCUACACAUUCAUGCCAUCUGAUCAGUUUGCUGGUCGUCCCUUUGGUCUAAACAUUGCUUUGGCUUAUCGCGAUGCCAACGGUAUCCAGUACAACGAGGCUGUCUUCAAUGAGACGGUGCUAAUCUCGGAAGUCGAUGAGGGCUUGGAUGGCGAAACUUUCUUCCUGUAUGUGUUGCUUGCUGGCAUCGUUGUCCUGCUGCUGGUUAUCGGACAGCAGUACUUGUUGGGCAGCUCUGGCAAGCGCAAGCGUGCCGCUGCUAAGAAGGUCAUUGAGACCGGCACUGCCAACGACAGCAACAUCGAUUACGACUGGGUGCCGCAGGAAACACUCCGUGCGCUGCAGAAAUCGCCACCCAAGUCGAAAACGCCAAAGACAUCGCCCAAGCCAGGUAAACAGGCCAGUCCCAAGGCAAACCAACAGAGCCCCAAACAGCGCAAGGUGAAACGUUCAGCGGGCGACGACUAAAGACUGCACAGCCUGUUAAGCUGCAUCUACACACAAAACAC